GUUUCUUUCUCCUGGGUUUCUUAACUGAGAAAGUAAGAUGAAGACUUACGUUUGUGCUAUCUCAUUGCUGAUGUGCGGAUUGACUUACUUUGCUACUCAAGUAGCAACACAAGAUAUUGAGAUGCCGCCAGGAUUGCCUUUGCUGCCCUGUGAAUGGAACGGCAAGCUUUAUGGUGAAGGCAUACACAAAGUAGGAAACUGUGCUGAGUUAACUUGUUAUAAUGACGGUGAAGUCAUUAUAAAAGAAUGCCCUCUAGUAGUCUGUCCGUCUGGUUAUAACUUUGGUGGUUAUAAAUGGCCUGAUUAUAACCAACCAUUUCCAAAUUGCUGUGCAAGAUUUACUUGUAUAGAAAAACAUCGUACCUGGGUUGGAAAAUAAUGCGUUACUUGUAACGCCAUUAUCAUCACUUAUUAUUAUUUUUUCUCAGUAUUAAUCAUUAUUUAUUUCUAUCUAUAACAGUAAUGACUGACUGUUAAUUUUAUCGUCCGAAAUGUAUUAAUUAUACUUGUAUACCGUUAGAUAAUUUUUAAAUUAAACUACGAAACUUUGUCUCUUAACUAACUAACUAAUAUUACAUUUCAAAGGAUAAGACGUUUUCAAAAACUUAGAAACUGUUCUGUAAGUUAGCACUUUUCUAGAAACUUUAAUGUACAAUUAUUGUUCUAAAGAAGAACUCGAAACUGUGAAUCAAAACGUUUGUGAUUAUAUUUUUAUUCUACACUAUAGCAUUAAUAAAACAUCUUUUUCAAUUAUUUCACUUUAACUGAAAUCGUUGAGCUUGCAAACGGAAAA